GUGUUGUAAUUGUUUGCCACAGAGGUCAGUGGUGUCUGGGAUUACGCAAGCACGGAAGACGUGACAUUGCUAAAAUUCCCAAAACACUAUCAGCAAGGAACGAAGAAACAGGUUUGUAAUCAGGAAGACCUUUUAAAUAACCCACCCAAAGGAAAUGCAUAUACAAAACGAUCGUCAAAGAGGAGAUAAAACAAGUCCAUUGACCUAAACUGUCACCAUAGCACAGGGAACAAGUUUAAACUGUCGUUGUGAAACAUUGAGGAGAACAAAGUUCAUACGAAGUUUCUGCUAUUACGACAACACAAAGCUUCUAGUAUUACGACAAUGAAGAAGUCGUUUCUCCAAAGACAAACCAGUUAACAUCUUUUCUUUGAAAUCUGGUGAGGACACAUGGUGAGGACUGUAAAGAUGGAGCAGGACUGUCAAGUCGGAAAACCCAUGCCUCCAGCUGAUCCCAAUCUGACAAGCCCAGACAAUCAUCAUGACCUCACUGCCAGUGCAAGAGAGGAAGUGGGAAGCACCAAGGAGAACGAGGGUGAUUCCACACACAUGGACCAGAGCAAUGCCCAAGAGAAGCCAGUCAUGAAAACUAAGAUGGAACCCUCCUCCACAAAACUGUGUGGAUACCUGAACAAACUUGGGGGGCCCUUGAAGGCCUGGAAAGCCCGCUGGUUUGUUUUCGAAGAGAAGAAGUGCCAGCUGUACUACUACAGAACAUCACAGGAUGUCAAUCCCUUGGGAAGCAUUGACCGGGCUAACGCUACCUUUGGCUACCCGGAUCAAGCUCAGGAAGGGACCUUUCAAAUUCAAAUCCCAGGACGGGUAUGUCUGAAGGUAUGUCUUUUUAAAAUUAAAGUAAUAGGAAAUCCCCUAAUCUGCGAAGGUACGUGA